AUGAACGGGAUCAAUGAGCCCGCGUUAGAGUCGUGUACCAUUAUUCGUUUCCCAGAGAAUAUCGCUGAGCAAAUUCGCCAGAACCUGAAGCUAGAAAGCGAGAAGCUCCAGUCGCUAAUCGAGAAAGAUGCCAAUGACACGUAUUACGAGCAGAGCAUUGAGAAUCGACUGACGGUGAAAUGGAAUCAGGACAAGCGCCAUUGUGCCGUAAAGUGGGAUGAUCAGCUACUCAAGGGCAGACUCUGCGACUUGCCGACUGUGGUCGAAGCGUACAAGACCACGGACAAGAAAACUUUCUAUAAGAACUCGUCCAUAAGCGUAGAACACGAGCUGGUUGAAGACACGGAAAUGAAGGGGAAGAAGGGCUCGAAAAAAGACCAGGACAACAAGGAAAUGUCCGACAUUCUUCCCAUGCUCUCCUCGUCAGAAGAAGAGGACGACGACGAUGAUCUGGACGACAAGUACACGAUCGAUCCACUUGAUCGCCAUUUAAAAGUCGUCGCGGAAGGAGUCUUUGCCGACAAAAUCAAAAAAGUGCAGGACCAGGCCCAACGCACUGUUGACGAAAUCCUUCGAUUCAGGGAAAGGAGGGCGAAGAAAGAAGCCGAGCUAGAAGUUGCUCGGAAAGAAGAAAAGAAGGAAAACCUGAGGAACUAUAUCGAAGAGUUAAGAAGGAAGGAAGACGACAAAACUGCCACGUACCAUACGAUCUGUGAAAAAUUCAAAAAAUAUUGA